AGUCCUGAAAGCAUUCAGUGUUGUUCAGUAAUGGCAAUGAGAUUAAUUAAAGAUUAGAUUCAGAAAUUUAAGGUCAGGGGAGGAAGGAUUGUGGUGGAUCAAAUAAUGCUUCCUAAUCUAUUUGAGCUAUUACUGAAAUACAACCAGAAUUUUGGUUUGUUCUGAUUGCUAAUAUUGUCAUGGCAACUAUGAUGUAAAUAAAUAAACAAAUGAUAAGGAUAACAAUUAUUACAGGAAUUACAGCCUGUUCACUUUUUGUUUUACUGUUCUGACUGGACAGUAUGUAAUAUUAUAAUACAAAUAAUUAUUGAUAAUCAUACUUUCAUUACAGUUGAUACUGUGUAUUACGUAUGACAUCCUUGUCUUGCUCUCUGAUUGGUUUACAGUGUCAGGUUUAAGCAUGCAGACUGCACACAAGCGAAGCACAUUUCAGUGUUUUUUUAUAUAAUGAUGUAAUUAUAUUUGCAUGUGCUGCACUUUGAUCAUUAAUUUGUUCAUUUGUUUAGUUCCUUCACAUGACGUUUGAGUCGCUGCUGGUAAUCUCAGCAUCACAAAUUUACACUAAUUUACUUGUAGAUCUUUAGAAAUGGCAGGAGUUGAGAGGUUCAGGUAAUGACUACAGUCACUUUAUCCCAUUUAAACCAUAUUAAAACCCUAAUGAAGAGCACGGAUCUGCCUCAUCACCACUUUCAAGUGAGAAAAGUCAGCGAUGGGACUGGCAUGCAGACAAAACGAGGCUGGGAGAUCAUCAUCAGGUCAUAUCACCAAUAGUUAUGUGACAACUCCAUUACCCAUAAAAUGCUAAAUAUGCUUUCUCACCAUUCAUCUCUGUUUAAUUCUGAGUGCUUUAUACACGAAAAUGAAAACAAAAAGCAAUUUUUUUUAUUGUACAUUUGUUAUUAUCAUUUAACAAUGUUUUUCUUUUCCUUUUUUUUUUUUUUUUUUUAAAGUUUAGUUCAUAUUUUGAAAACAGACCUACACAAUUUGUAAAACAAAAAAUAUGGAGCCUUUUUUUUGGUUUGGAUUUUGUAAAAAUUUUUAGAUGGUUAUGCAAAACUUUUUUUUCUUUUUUCAAUUUUAAUUAUGCACAGAUUAUGCAAAAAAUAAAUAAAUCCUAUAAUAAUAUACUUUUAAAAAGUAAUAAAAUGUUAUGUUGAUUAUGCAUAAGAAACCAUUGAUCAAAUAAAUUUAGGUAUGCACAAUAUACGCAUUAAUGGUCAACAUUUGAGACUUUUUAAUCAAUAUUUAAUUGUGUAAACUUUUUUUUUUAUAUGAUCUUAUUUUUUCAAGUAUUUAAUAAUCAAUAAAAAAUCAUUUAAUAGCACUGUUAAAUGUACUUGCUAUCAAAUAACAGAAUUAAUAUGCAUUUUUCACAUACAUGUACAAUAUUUGAAUGUUGUAAUAUCUACAUUUGUAAUUGUUAUUGUAAUGUUGCAAUGCACAAAUUCACUUGUAAUCGAAUUUUCAUGUGUCAUUAUCUGCCAAAAUGACUUUAGGGUUACUCAGCAUUAGCAUCAUUUUAUCAUGCCUGUUUAAAUUUUAAAUGUAUUUUGUACAAAUAAAAGAUUUAAAUCUGCAUUCAGAGAGAUGAAUAACUAGACCUUGUUAGACCUGUGUAACACAACAUACUGAAAGAUGGCCUCUGAUGAACUCUGCACGAACAGUUCAUCUGGGGCCUGAACGCUGUUAUAUAAGCAUUAGCUACUCUGUGCCACGGACUCUUUAAUGGUCAGGUCUUGUCAUUAUCCCAUUAGCUGUAGAUAUUUUAAGGUGCCACCACUUUUUAUUGGUACCUGGAUGUAAUAGUUUCAGACAUUCAGUAUCCUGUGCUGUCACUGUGUGCGGAGGCCAGUUUACACCUCGUCAUCAGAGCUGACGGGCCAGCAACCGCCUGGACCAGCAACGGGACAGAAGGUGUGUGAGGGCCAUGGGGAACACACACGCAAGUCUGGACGACAUCCUCGCUGAGGACAUGCACCACUGGUAUAACAAGUUCAUGAGGGAGUCUCCAUCAGGCCUGAUCACACUUUUUGAACUCAAAUCCAUCCUGGGACUGCAGGGCAUGAAUGAGGACGCCAGCAGUUAUGUGGACCAGGUGUUCUUCACUUUCGACAUGGAUGGGGAUGGAUACAUAGAUUUUGUGGAAUAUAUCGCUGCCAUCAGCUUAAUGCUCAAGGGGGAAAUCAAUCAGAAACUGAAAUGGUACUUCAAACUUUUUGACCAGGAUGGCAAUGGAAAAAUUGACAAGGAUGAACUGGAAACAAUAUUUACUGCUAUACAAGACAUUACAAGAAACCGUGACAUUCUGCCAGAGGAAGUAGUGGCUCUUAUAUUUGAAAAGAUUGAUGUUAACGGAGAAGGUGAACUGACGCUGGAAGAGUUCAUUGAAGGAGCCAGAGAUCAUCCGGACAUCAUGGAUAUGCUGAAGAAACUGAUGGACCUCACUCCAGUCCUGAUCAUUAUUGUCGAAGGGCGACAGAAACCGAUCAAUGCAAGUUAAGCAGGCUAAACUCCAUCAGAGAAACCAGAAACAUUCCCCGCCUGAAAACAAAAUGAAAGUGGAGUUUGCUAGUCCCACUCUUGAGGAACCGCUGUAGCUUCCCACAGCUCCUGUGUGAUUUCCUCAACAGAGAAUUCUCAGGGGAACUUUUGUCCAAGCAUGGUGCUGUCUGACCCCAGUGGAGAUACCAAGCCUUGCAUCGGAGCUGUCCUCAGCUGAACAUUAAUCUUCUAAUGCUGUAAGGGAUUCAGGAGACUUGGCAAAGCUUAGAAGUGAGCAGUGUGGUGCUUUUUAAGGAAAGGCUCAGUAGAGCACAUCAUAUAAUCCAUGUACUUGUGCUUGAGCUGAUGUUUAUGGCAUGACUAUAUUGCUCUGGGAGGGAACUCUGAUACAGUCCAUUGCCGAUGUGGCCUGAAUUGCACUAAGAACUGGGAAAUGAACAAUGUAUAUACAGCAACGGUUCUCAGUUGGUUUUGCCUACAUUUUACACUGCACAUCAAAUGGCAAUCCAAAAACAACAACAAAAAAUUUACCUGUAAAUCAAACAUUUCUGUAGAAUGUUGUAUUGAACAUAAUAUUUCAAUGAACUGUUUCCUACAUUGGUAACCUGACCAGGCUGAAUGGGAAAUAUAACUAUUUGAUAAAUUCAUAAAUGCAAUAGUUGGCCACAAAAUGUUGACUUUAAUAUCUUUGGUGUUAUUGACAAUGGGAAGUUGUGCCUGUUUAUUGUGUUGUCCGUGACCCAGAACAGACCCUAAAACCCAUUUCUGACCACUGAUAUCAUUUCACAAAUAUUAUAGCACUUUAUCAAAGGAAAGUAUCAAAUUUUUUCUUCAACAAUUUUUUUCAAAAUUAGUAACUGCAUUUUGACUACCAUUCAAAGGUUUUAUAUUUUAUGAAAUGAAAUGGGGGAAAAAAUACAGAAAGACACAUUAAACUGAUCAAAGGUGACAGUAAUAUUUUUUUUUAUAAUUGUACAAAAGAUUUCUAAUAAUGCUGUUAUUCUAUUUAUCAAAAUGUCCUGAAAAAGAUGUCACAGUUUCCACAAAAGUAUAAAGCAACACAACUGAUUUCAGUAUUGAUAAUAAUAAGAAAUGUUUCUUAAGAAUCAAGUCAGCAUAUUAGAAUGAUUUCUGAAUGAUCAUGUGACACUGAACAUUGGAGUAAUGGCUGCUGAAAACUCAGCUUUGGAUCACAGGAAUAAGUGCAGACUUGGUGAGCAUAAAAGAUGUGAAAAAAAUAAAAAGACUUACAGAACCCAAAAUUCAGAAUCUGUAUUGCACAUAUUUAAAUGUACAUUUAAAUGUAUAUUUCUGUAUUGCCACUGUUUAAAAGUCAGCAGGUGUUUCUGUUUUUUAACAAGUCUUGAGUCCUUUGGAUAAGCCUUGCAUUAGAAACCUUGAGAAAACCACAAAAGGACUCUAAAAGUGCUUUUACACUUGGAAAUAUUUUAACAGCAUUACUAAAAAGCAGACAGUUACAGUACGUAUGUCUAGACUCAGGCUUGAUCUUUUAGCACUAAAUUUAAAUUGUGUAACCAUAGCAUACAGUACAUAAACACCAGUUCAGUUGGAUGCACACCAAAGAUCGGGGGCGUUGUUUAUAAAAUGUUGCAACCAUCCUACAUUUGAUCUGAUGAUCAUUUCUCAAAUAUGCAUACAUGUGAUGCAGGGAAAUGAAUGUACACACACACACACACACACACACACAUACAAAAUGCUUACGCCUGCUUAGAAUCUGAUUUUAUGUUAUGAAUAAGGCACCAAAACUGAGUUCUUUAGCAUGAUGUGACUUUCAUGACUGUUUUCUCUGUUACUUUAUUUUCCAAAAAAUUUUAUGGAAGCCACAAAUGCUGGAUAUGAAGCUUUGAGAUGAUCGUUGUCAUACCCUGAACUGCACACUUGCCUCCAGUGGCGAAUCUCUGUAUUUGACCAUUUUCGCUCUAGAAAUAUUCUAGGGACAAAAUCAAAUACUUGAAUGAGGUAUCGUCUUCCUACACUUAGUAAGAAUCAGGAAAUAUGUCAUCAGGUAUGGAAUAUUUAUGUUGCCUUAUUAAUAAAAUUGUUUAAACAGA